AUGUCUACAUCGUUUUUACUUACUAAUAUACCUCUUUUACCUCCUUUAACAAAAAAAAAUGAUCAUCUAAUUACACCAAAUCAUUCUUCUCAAACUUCAAAUUUUGAAAAACAUGACACGACUCAAUCAAGUACACAAUUGAAUCAAACAAUAUCGCCAAAUUCAAGUUCUACAUCAACUAAUUUGAGUGCAAGUGAUCAUUCAGAUUGUGAUAAUGAUACAAAACUUUCAUCAACAGAAAGUUCUAGUUCUAAUCUUCAAGAUAAACAAAUUGUAACUACUCUCAAAUUAGAAAAUAAUGAAGCAGAAUUUUUUAGCAUUAUUCCAUCUCAACAUACAACAAUGAUUCAUAUAAAUAAUACGAAUAAUAAUAUGAAGAAAUCAACAGAAACAUGUCAUGGAAUACGUUCAUCAUUUAAAAAUAAAUUCCAUCGAUCACACAAAAAUAAGCCGGAUAUUAAUAUCGAUAAUUGGAAUGAAUUUUUAACUAAAACAUUACUUCAAAUGAAACAAGAUAUGAAUGAAAUUGUUGUUGGCUUUCAUCAAACCGAUGAUGAAAUACCAGAUGAUUCUUCAUCGAAUAUAUCCGAAAAUAUCGAGACUACAUCUGAUCUAUCAUUCUGUGAACGUCAACAGAAAAAAGUAAAAAUGAAAAAAAUGGUACAUUUGUUCGAUCAACUAGAGGCUGUGAUUAAUGAUAAGGAAAAAUUUCCUUAUCCAUAUAAAGAUAUAAUACAAGAAGAUAAUUUAGAUCUAAUUCAUUCUGAACAACAAGUUCAAUCGAAAAAUCUUCUUAUACAACAUAAACCACUUCAAUAUCGAAAAAUUCGCUAUAAAACUCAACGUCGUAUAAUCAAAAUACGACAUGAUUUAGAUAAACUUAAAGAUGGUUUAUCUACCCACCAAUUAACAAAACCAAAUAAAGAAUUAUCUUCAAUGGAUAUAGAAAAUUAUCAAACUCGUUUAAAAAAAAAUUUACUUAAAGCUCGUAAAGAAAUAGCUGAAUAUAAUCUUAUCGAUUCGCCAACGGAUGCUCAUGAAGAAAAUACUGAUCAAACUAUUGACAAUAUGAAAGCAAUCAAUUCAACUAAACAAUCACAAACACAAGGUCAUCGAAAAAAUUUACAACGAACUGAAGAUGUUAAAAAAAAAGAAAAACAUUUAAUAUCUACACCAUUUAUUCAACGUCGAAUGCGGUAUACUUACAAAAAUAGAGAAAAAGAUGAAAAUAAUCGUCCUGUUGAUUCACGUUUCGAUUCUACGACAUUUAUUGAUCUUCAUAAAGAAGCCGAAGAUUUUUUUGGUUCUCAUAUACCAUUUUGGGAUUUUGUACCAGAUUCAAAAUCAUCUUUAUCAACAGCGUCUCUCAAACGUCACUCAAUUGAUUUCACAUUACCAGUUAAAUUACUAGUUUCAGUUAGUUUAACUCUUGAAGAUAAAAUCAAACAAGCAAAUCUUUAUGAUAUCGAAUCCGAUGAAGAUGAAAAUAAUAAUAAGGAUUUAUUUGAUGAAUCAAACAAAAACGGCGAUGAAUUUUUCGAUUGUAUUUCUUCUCCGCUUCAGCAAAAAAAAUCACAAGCAUUAUCAUUGUCAAACAAUGAACAACCAUUAAUUGCACUUAAUGAUCUUGAAUAUGUCGAAUUUUAA